AUGGAUGCAGAAGGCAUUGAAUCUGUGGAGGGCCAGAAGGAAUGCAAGGCAAUUGUGCUACACAAGGGAAAGGAGGUUGCAAGAGAAGAUGGUAGAAAAAGAACGAGGGGCGACAAAUCUCAAGGGGCUUCCCAAGUGGUGGUGCAAAGGCUAGAAGCAGCGGCUGAAAAUGAGAAAUUAGCUUUGAGGAGGUCCAGACGACAAACCACGUUGUACUCUUCUGUGGCUGGUGCUGGGAAGGUUUUGGCAAUUUGUCAAAAAGACCCAGUUACAAGGAAGAGUUCUGAUGUUGCCAAACCUGGGCGGAAAUCUAAAAUGAAUGCUUGCAAAAAGGUACCAUCAGAAACCAGUGAUGACAUUAUCGCAACUGCUGUGGGAAUGGAUGGGGUUGUGAAGGAAAACCAAGAGCCGUCGCGGUUAGAGGAGAGCUCCAUAGUUGUCUAUGAGGCAGUUGAUAGAUCUCCUGUGCUUCAUAUGGUUAAGGAACUGGAUAGAGAUAUUGCCAAAAAGCGAACAAGGAAUAAAGAAUGUGGAGCAAAUUCCGAAGAUGAUCAGAGUUCUGAAAAUGUACUUCCACCCAAGGGUUGUGUAAGGAGAUCUAAUAGCAAGACUGCUGUAUUAACAGAAUUACGUAUGCCUGCUGAAUUCAAUUUACUGCUUGAAGAACCCAAGAUAGAUGUUGGACUGGAAGUAACGGAACCUGUGGGAAAUGAAAAUGAGGCAGAUUCUUGUUUCAGCAAAGAAGCUGUAGAAAAGUCAAAGAAGAAGAGGAAGGGAUCAAGCAAGAAGGUAGAAUCUGCCACAGAGGAUGGGCUUGUUAAUUUGGUAGAAACUACUGUAAAUUCGAACUUUGAGAAAAGCAUGGAUACUUCAGCUUAUCUGAACGAAAAUCAGUUCGUGGAAUCUAUGAACUAUCAAGGGAAGUCUAUGUUUAAUGAGGAACAUGAUGCUGUACAGCCUGUUAGUUUUACAGCAUCAAUUGUAGAUUUGAACUUUGACCAAAUCAUGGAUACUGCAGUUCAUCUGUAUAAAAACCAGCUUGUGGAAUCUUUGAACUUUCAAGGGACCUCAAUGGACCAUGAGGAACAGAAUGUUGUACAGCCUAUUAGUUCCGCAGUAUCUACUGUAAAUUCGCACUUUGAGAAAAGCAUGGAUGCUUCACCUCAUCUGAACGAAAUUCAGCUUGUGGAAUCUGUGAACUUUCAAGGGACCUCUAUGGAUCAUGAGGAACAUGCUGCUGUACAACCUGUUGUGAAUGAUAUGGAAAGUGUUGCUGUACUAGCAUCUCCAGAUAAGUUCGGCAAUGUGGUGGUUUCUUCUAAUUUUACCUCUGUACGUGAUGUUCAAUCAAGCACCUACCGGCCAAAAUGUGAAGUUGGGGAUGAUGUUCAAGCUGAUGGUGCUCUUUCUGGUGGAAUAAACAUUAAUCAUAUCGAAACAAACUUUGAUGAUCAGGUUGCUGAAGUUAAAGCUCCUGAAACCACAGAUGUUAUUGAAAACAGUGGAGCAAAAUAUGGGAAUGAAUCCUCUUUUGGUGAGAGGACAAAAGAUGUCCCAGCAGUAAAUGAGGGUCCUGAUAAAAGUUCAAUCUUGGACAAGUGUCCCCUUCGUGAUAUACACAGCACAGAUGGUCAGGUUGCGAAGGAUGAAUUCUGGAAUGAAGACUUUAUAAAUGCCAGUGAUGAAAGUAAAGGGAGUUGUGUGGCAUUAGAUAGCUUUCAAAUGUCAUCAACUGUUGCUGAAGAGGGUCGUGAGGGUAUUGGAAAUGGCUCUAAGUUGGAUGAUAGUGUCCUUCCUGAUUUACCAAACUCAGAUGGCCAGGUUGCUGAUGAGAAUAAAGUAGGAACCCUUUACGGGGUUCUGGUGAACAAAACGGAGAGCAAAGCUCAUAUGGAGAACAAUGUCACCUAUCCAGAAAAUAAUAUCACUGGAGAAUGCUUGAUUGAAGGUGAGCUUGCUGAUUUGAAUAACUGUGAUCUUGGAAAAGUUGAUAUUGAAUGCAUUAUUGAUCUGGUACCAAGAGAUCUAUACUUUAGCAAUGGUGGCAAUAAAAAAUCGAAAGAAAAGGAGAUUGUUGAUGAAGAUCUAGAUUUCCAAGAAGACGAGGAAAAUAGAGAACGGGCCUUUGAAGUUGGUGAAACAGUGGAUGCCAUCCAGAAAGGGUUUUCCAAACAAGAUGUAGGUGAAAAUACUGAUGAGCAUAUGGAGGGUAAUCACAGUGAGAGUGCAAUGCAUGCUUCAGAGGGAAAAGAAACAUUUGAAGAUCAUCAUGCUGAGCUGUCUAUGUUGCAAGAUAAUAAAAUAUUAAAAGAGCAAUUCAUAGCAUCUGCUAUGGUACAAGAGUGUAUAUAUGGCGCGCACGAUAGAAAUAAACCUUUAGAGGUCCAGAAUUCCAAUGUCGCCAUUUUUGAAGAAAGGUUUUCUGAAACUGUUGGAAAUCAGAGAGAAGUUGUAGACUACAUCGAAUCACAAGAUAAAAUUGAUUUUGGAAGUCCUGACAACUGCAAACAAAUAUUUUUAGAGCUAGAUGAAUGUGCUUCUGCAGCUUCACAUGACUCCACAUCAAGGGAUGACAAAACUGCACCAAAAAUCUUGAAAGGAAAGGAUCCUGAAGGGAUUAACCCGCCUCUGCUAGUUGGAGACUCUGACAGCAAAGAUGGCUUAGGUUAUGUUACUGAAAGCAGACAUCUGUCUGGCCAAGAAGGGAAUGGGCCUAUAUUCUUGAAGCCAGGAAGAGUAACAGGGUUGAAGUUCGAAGGUCUAAAUGCAUGCAUAAAUGGUUUUGCUGAUACUCCAGUUUCAGGUCCAAGGCAUGAAAUUAAUGCCUUGGAAAAUACUUCCUCACCUCUAGGCGACACAAAAAUUAAUGCCCUGGGGAAUACAGCCUCACCUCUAGGGAGCAGUUUUGGGAUGAAUUGUCUAUUUGGAGAUGAAGUCCAGAUAUCAGAUCUGGAGAUGUCAAAUGCCAUUUCAAGUAGUGAAGAUGUUAAGGAAGGUAAUGGAGGUCUAGUUAUUCCACAAGUUGGUGCAGGGGAACUCAGUGAUCAUAAGCAGCAAGCAAUAGAAGAAGUUGUGAAGCUGGAAUCUAGUCAGGAAAUGUGUUUCCAUUUGCCCUCAUCUUUCCCUGUUACUGAAUCUUCUACAAGUGGAGUUCAGAAAUCAGAUCUAGAGGUGUCAAAUAUCAAGGAAGGUAAUGGAGUUGUAGCUAUUCCACAAGUUGGUGCAGGGGAACUCAGUGAGCAUAAGCAUCAUGUGAUAGAAGAAAUUGUGAAGCUCAAAUCGCCUCAGGAAAUGGGUUUUCCUUUGCCCCCAUCUUUUGCUGUCACUGAGUUUUCUACUAGUGCCAAACUGGAUUCAAUCAAGAGAAGAGCUAUAGAGGAAGAUUUGGAGAAAAGUAUUGCUGUGUCUACAACACCUAGACAGAAGAACAGAGAUAAUUUAGUAUCUCGCAAAAGUUUCAUCAAUAUGUCUCAUAUGAAGGAAAAUCUUAAUGCCAGAAAGAGUGAGAAAGUAACAAAAUUCACUACAGUGAAACCUCAACAUAACAGGCGUGCUUUGGAGGAUCUGCAGAACAACAAAAUCUAAUACUCGUUUGUGUUCCUAUUGGUGUGAAGUUGUGCACCCAUUUUUUUUCUGAAAUAGAAGCAUAUCUCGUGCAGAUGUUUAUGGAAGUCUCUUUGGAUGCUUACCCUUGAUUCUGGGUGUUUCUAUGCACAGCUAUUGUCAAUAUAUAUUGAUGUUCAUAUU